AUGGUUCACCGAGCUCCCCAGCGUCUCCCCCUUACGCCACGUCGUUCAGAUGCGAUUCACCUUGCCCUCAACCGCAGCCUCCAUCCCUGGCUCCGGUGUCCGAAGAUCCCUCGAUAACGCCCUCACUGUUUCGUUCGGUCGCGCUGGUCGCACGCAAGGUUAUACCUUAAUGAAGUUAUAG